UAUGCUUUAAUGACUAAUAAACGCUUCCUACUGUAUCCAAUAGUAGUGUGUUUGUGGAAAGGCGACUGCAGGAAAUACAGGCUUAGCUAUUGUUAAACUCAACAUAUAAUUAAAUUCGCCGACAUUUUUCUACGCCGAACUGUCUAAUGGGUCCCAGCGGCUCCAUAGGGGCUGUGUGUUUUUACUGACAGGUGUCUUCCUGCUCCAGUAACCAAGGCGACUUAAACUAGAUGUUUAGCUGUAGUCAGGAUGAGACACCGCUGUGUCGCUCUUAGCUGACCGGAGAUGGGACUCCAAGUGCUGCUGCUCUGGCCAAAUAUUAUCGGAUACAUAAGAAUUGGCCUUGUGUUUGCUGCCUGGGCUGCCUAUAAGACACCAGCAGUCUUUGUCUGUCUCUACUCAAUCUUCAUAGCAUUUGAUGGAGUGGACGGCUGGCUGGCCAGGAGGCUGGGCCAGACCUCCAGGUUUGGAGCCUGGCUGGACUUAGUGGUGGACAACCUGGGCCGGGGCAUGCUGUGGUGCCUGCUGUUUGAGUGGGGUUGGCUGGUGUCUGCUUUGGAGUGGUGUGUGUUUGUGUGUAACCACGGUACCAGAGGUGGCCACUGGAAGAGCAGUUUCACCAGCAGCCCUCGAUUCAUCCAAACCGUCAUGGCAAACGGGUUCCGGACACCUCUCGGCACAUGGGUGGUGAGUGGGCUCCACUGCCUCCCCUUGUGGCUGUACGGGUAUCAGUGGGGUUUACUCUCCCACUGGCUGUAUCUGCCCGUCUGGAUCCAGGCUCUGGGGACCUUGCUGCUGGCUGCAGGCCGCCUGCUGGCUCUACCAGUGGAGAUAUGGUGUAUAUGGACCCACAUCAAAUACCUCACCAGUGAUGAGCCGGAAGAGAAAACCAAGUGAAAGCCAGUCCGCUUAUACUGUCCUACCUACGCUGGGAUAAUGCUGACAUUAUUCCAGCAGCUUUAUAUGAAAAAUGGUCUCAGGUUGCAUUUGCUUUUUCCAAAGAUUUCAGCCACUGCUGUGGAAGAAUGUGGGAAAAAAUGUGUUUUACUCAUGCAAAACAGGAUGUAUAACUUCAUGUUCUCACUUAUCUUUUAGUGAUUUUGUUUAUGGCUGCUAAGAUAAAAACGUGUCUCAUCUUAGCCCUUACUGUGAGACCAACAGACAGUGGGCAUUCAGAUACAUGUGGAAAAGAAGCUUCAUAGGUCUGUUAAGCUUUUAAAGGGAACAUAAAUAGCUUUUGAUUUGAAAUGUAUUAUAUAAAUAGAGUUGUUAUUAUUUGCCUGUUGGACAUUAAACCCACAAUCAUUCCAAAGCUGUUGGAUGGUGCUGAGGUCAGGGCUCUGCUUCCACAGCAAUCUGAGGAAACCAUUUCUACACUGAGCUGUGCAGGUGUAACCGUGCUGCCACAUGUAGCUUUCAACACUAGAGUGUGCUAUUGAGUCCAUGUUGGAGACUCAUUGUCAGAGAAACCCUGUAAAUGCUUAGUUUCUCUGCAGCUGCUGCUAUGUUUGGUAUGAUUACUUCUUUGAAAUAAUGUUUUAUAGAAAUAAAUAUAUUUAGGGUUUUGAUUUCAUGAUGCUUUUGUGGAAGGAAACUAGAGCAGUGUGCUUGUGUUUAAUCAUCUCAUGUAUAACUAAAGACAUUGGCAGGUCUGGCCACAGCAAUUUGAUUUUUUGAAGCAGUUGGAUAAGGAGCCAAGGCUGCGGACUGGGUAGUGAUUCUCUAAUGAGGCUAGGUGAAGAGCCCUGAGUAAGCACUCAGUAAUGAUCCUUUGAUAC